AUGGAGGCCAAAACGGCAAUUGCGGUUUUCAAUCAAGGAAGCAACGAGUCCUUAAAUGAUGCUUGGGAAAGAUUCAAAUCCAUGCUUAGAAAAUGCAAGGGUCAUGGUUUUGAUGAUCUCACUCAAAUCCACAUCUUCCGAAAUGGACUUCAACCGGUGCACAAGACACUUUUGGAUGCUACCGCGGGUGGCUCUCUAAUGUCAAAAAGCGCGGAGGAUGCAAUAAUGAUAAUCGAUCGUAUGGCACUCAAUGAUCUCCAAACUCAACAUGAUAGGAGUCCAUCACAAAGGAAGCCGGGUGUUCUCGAAUUAAACACCAAUGAUGCUAUCCUUGCUCAAAACAAGAUUCUUUCUCAACAAGUUGAGUUACUCACUAAGCAAAUGUCGAAGCUUCCACAACAAAUGAAGGAAAUUCAUGGGAUGCAAAUGACUUCUCACGUAGCAAGUUGUGAACUUUGUCAAGGUUAUCAAAGGCAACCUCCACCUCACAAUAACCCGUACCAAAGAAACAACCAAGGAUUUCAACCCUCAAGAUUCAACAAUCAACACUAUCAACAUCAAAGUCCUUAUCAAAGCCCAAAUCCUCAAGUCCAAGGUCAACAAUCUCAAGGUGGGAGCUCAAAAUUGGAAGACACUCUUACACAAUUCAUGCAAGCAUCCAUGGCUAACCAAAGGAGCAAUGAAGCGGCCAUAAAGAAUUUAGAAAAUCAAGUGGGUCAACUUGCAAAGCAAUUGUCCGAGCAACAACCGGGAGCAUCCUUUUCCGCCAACACCCAAACCAAUCCUAAGGAACAUUGCAAAGCCAUUGUUACAAGAAGUGGGAGGAAGGUGAAUAAUGGUGUGAAUGAAGAGGUCAUAGUGGAAGAUGAGGAGGAAAUAAUAGUUGAAGAUGAAGAAGCGGAUGUGAUAGUUGAAAAUGAGGGAGAAAAGAGUGAGGAGAAAAUAGAGGAAGAAUUAGUUGAAAAAGAGCGGAAAGAAAAAGAAGAAAGAGAGAAAAAUGACAAAAAAGUGAAGAGGAAUAAAAAGAGAAAUGAGAAUGUGAGCACAAUUCCUCUCCAACAUCUACCUUACCCACAUGUGCAAUCAAGGAAGGAAGACGCAAGGCGCUACGCUCGAUUUAUGGAUAUAUUUAAACAACUUCACAUAAAUAUUCCAUUUUCUGAAGCAUUGGAGAAAAUGCCCAAGUAUGCAAAAUUCAUGAAGAAGAUGCUCACAAAGAAAAAUAAGUACACGGAUGAAGAGACAGUUGUGCUUGAUGCUCAUUGUAGUGCAAUUAUUCAAAAAACUCCCCCAAGAAAGGAAGCCGAUCCGGGACGAGUCAUUUUACCGAUCACCAUUGGAGGUAACUACAUUAGUAAUGGUUUGGUUGAUUUGGGGUCUAGCAUCAAUUUAAUACCUUUAUCCGUUGUCAAGAGAUUGGGGAACAUUGAGAUGAAAAACACCAGGAUAACUUUACAACUAGCCGAUAAGUCUAUCAUUUCACCAUAUGGAGUUGUAUAA